AAUAAAUUAAAUUGCGGCGGUAUGGGCAUAGGAGGGAGAGAGAGCGCGCCCUGAAUGCCAUUCACACAUCCCGCGCGCUGGGGAGCUCAGUCACCGUCAGGAUCAUCGGGGGUUCUCCGUGCGCUCCGCGUACGCCCCAAGAGCGUCGUCUCCAAUCAACAGCGACCUGGCAUAUAGGACAGCCGCUUACCCCGCUUCAAUGGACUUUGUUCGUUUGCUCAUUAGGAAGAUGCGUUAAAAUUAUUAGUACACCUGGAAGAGCCGAAUCUCUUACACAUCACGUCCGCAGCAACUCACUUGGAGAGCACUUGAGAAUCCUUCCUGCUGAAGCAUCUCCAGCGCUUCUCCGCUGGAAACAUAACGUUUUCUUUCUUUUUUUCUUUUUUUUUAAGAGAGGAGGAGUUCUGGAUUCAUCUUCUGUUUAGUUCAACUUGCGUAGCCCUUUUUAGGGCGCAACAUAUCCGAUCAUACUUUAUCCGAUGCCCCCCAGUAUACGCGCCCCGCUGAACAGAACUUCGCGGUCCUAUGAGAGGAUUUUGCGGAGAUUUUUUCUCGACCAGCCACGGACCAAAAGACUUACAGAAUAAGGACUCAUUGUGAUUGAAAGGAGAAUGACGAGUCACCGGGGCCGGGGGAAGCACCAUGAGUGGCCCGUGCACCACCACUAGACUGACGGCCCUCAUGUUUCUAUGGAAGUGGUUGACAUUAAGCCUGCUCGUGAGCUGGUUGUCAGGAGGGGCCAGUGCCGCGGACACCACCGGCGGUGGCUUCAGCGGCUCAAAUGGACACCUGGGCUGGCUCCUGUCAGAGAAGGGUCCUUUUCACAACUCACAGGAGUUUGUUGAUUUCACAGAACGCUACCAGCAGGGAUUCGCAACCAAGUACAAAAUAUACAGGGAAUUUGGCCGCUGGAAGGUGAACAGCUUGGCCCUGGAGAGACAAGAAAACAAUGGCUUUUCGUUGCCGCUGGACCCAGAGUUCCUCCAGACCAUUAGGCAGCUGGGCAGGAGGCCCAGUCUCAGGGCCAUCACUGACAACAUCAUCAGGAAAUACGGAACCCACUUCCUGCUUUCUGCAACGCUCGGAGGGGAAGAGUCUUUAAUGAUCUUUGUGGACAAGCGGAAGUUGAGUCGGACAUCUGAAGCGAGUGAAUCCAAUGGCACAGCUGUGACGCUGGAAGCUCUGCACCAGCUGGCUGCCUCCUAUUUCAUCGACAGAGAGAGCACCUUGCACAAGCUGCACCACAUUCAGAUCGCCUCUACUGCCAUCAAGGUGACCGAAACAAGGACGGGCCCUCUUGGAUGCAGUAACUAUGACAACCUCGACUCUGUCAGCUCUGUUUUGGUUCAGAGCCCUGAAAACAAGAUUCAUUUGCAAGGCCUCCAGGCCAUACUGCCAGAGUAUCUCAGAUCCAGGUUUGUGCAGGCUGCUUUAAGUUAUAUUGGCUGCAAUGAAGAGGGCCAGUUUGUGUGCCGGGACAACGACUGCUGGUGCCAGUGUGGUGUCGACUAUCCAAAAUGUAAUUGCCCAGAGGUGGAUCUGAGCGCUAUGGAAGGCAGUUUACUGCAAAUCAGAGAUUCGUGGAACAUGGCCAAUCAAGACUUCGAGGCAUCAGAAGAGUUCCAAAACUUUGUUCGAAGGCUUCCCACAUUCUACGCCCUCAACGCGUCUGCCAUCCAGUAUUUCUGGAAGAUGGAGCCAUCUAUUCACCAACGCUACAAACAGCUGGAGCUCAGCACACAGCAGCUCGUAAGCAAAGCACGCCGCAUCAUCAACAAGAUCUUCACCCUCAGCAAGAGGUGUCAAACUCAACCCAAAAUUAUUAUGCUACGGGAGAGGCCCUUUGUGUACUGGCUCAACUACAUCCUCUCCAUCAUGUACUGCAGCGAAAACAACCACCUCGGUUCCUACAUGGAGGAGACGCGGAGCUGCUCCUGCCCUUACGAGCAUCCUCCCUGCCAGAGUGUGAUCCCAUGCACAGUAGGGGAGGGUUCCUCCUGUGCAUCUUGCUCCUAUGAAAAUCGCUCCCGCUGCGCCACAUGCAAUCAGGGCUACAUGCUGAGCCAGGGCAUGUGCCGCAACGAAGUGCCAGACUCCACUGACCAUUACAUCGGUUUUGAGACUGACCUGCAGGACAUGGAGCUGCGCUACCUGCUGCAGAAAAGAGACAACAGGAUCAGCAUCCACGGCAUCUUUGUCAGCAAUGAUGUCAGGCUUAAUAACUGGUUCGACCCGUCGUGGAGAAAGAGGAUGUUGCUGACUCUAAAAAGUAAUAAAUACAAAUCAAACCAUGUCCACAUGCUCCUGGGGAUGUCACUGCAGAUUUGCCUUACCAAGAACAGCACACUUGACCCCAUGCUCUCUGUCUAUAUCAAUCCAUUUGGAGGGAGUCACUCAGAGAGCUGGAUCAUGCCCAUUGACCAGAACAACUACCCAGACUGGGAGAGGACUAAAUUAGACCUUCCCUAUGACUGCUACAACUGGACCUUGACUUUAGGCAAUAAGUGGAAAACAUUUUUUGAGACAGUCCACUUCUACCUACGGAGCCGCAUCAGGGGCCCCUCAGGCACUGGAAAUGGAAGUGUAUAUUUUGAACCACUGGAAUACCUAGAAUCAGAGCAAAACCUGGGGUACAUGAAGAUCAACAGCAUCCAGAUGUACGGCUACAGCAUGCACUUUGACCCAGAAGCGAUCCAGGACUUAAUUUUACAGCUGGACUACCCAUACACUCAGGGAUCGCAGGACUCGGCCCUGCUGCAGCUGCUAGAGAUCCGGGAUCGGGUCAACAGGCUUUCCCCACCGGGAGCUCAGCCUCUGGAUCUCUUUUCUUGUCUGCUGCGACACCGGCUCAAACUGUCCACUACAGAUGUUGCCAGGAUCCAGGCAGCACUGCAGACUUUCAGUGCCAAGCAGCCAAACUCCAUUGAAUAUGAAACAACCAAAUUAUGUAGCUAGUAAGUUGGCCGUUGGCCAUAUGCACAGAUGGAGCAGUUAUCACACAGGCCUAAUACUUGCGAGGAGCAAUUCUAAAGCAGAGCAAUGGACAUUUUGGGGACCUUGUCAUUGUCGCUGUGAAUCUCAACUCCACUGCUGAGAUUCUCACAUCAACUUUUCCUAUAAAUUUGUAUAACACCUUAGAAUUGAAUAGGUUUUCACUAUACAUGCAGCAUUUUUUUUUCCUCUCUGUGAAAAUAAUUUUACAAUCUAUGAUAUAAAUUCAAAGCUCUACUAUCAGUCAUAUUUUACCAGUGAGCUGACAUUUGUAGAUUGCAGGAGUCUGAAUAACUCACACAUGAAUAAAAAGACAUUAUGCCGUGAAAGAAUACUCCAAGCAGUGUUAUUAUUUCACAAAAACAAUCUCAACACCAGUUUCUGUUUAUUUUGUAUUCCAUGUGUUUUCUCCACCAUGUAUACAUCAAAUAAAAGAUAAUUGCUUUCAUUUUAUCAUCCUUCAUUGGUGCAUGUCAGACAUGUUUGUUUAAAUUGUAUUUUUUUUUUUUUUUUUUGCUUAGAUUUUUGCUUUCCAUGCAAGGAUUGUCACUGUUUCUUUGUUCUAGUCUACUACCCAUUUUUGUAAGAAAACUCUAAAUAGAUGCUGUAUCAUGCAGAUUUCUUGAAAGAUACAAUAUAACAGGUUCACAAGGUGUUACAUGUGCUUUUAUUUUUAUAAUGCUGUUGUUUGUGAAGCAAAUGAUACAGCAACAUUGUCUAUAAAAUGUACAGUAAAAUUUGUUAAUACACCUAAUAAAAUACAUUUUUAUGUGUGGUCAAUAUCCAUUUUG